AUGAAUGCCCCCUUCGGUGCGGGUGACUUCUUACUCCACUACAACACCCAGUACAAACUUCUCAUCUGCGUUGAAUGCAAAUACGCCAUCCAAAACCACGCCGUGGAUAGCCAUCUGCUACGCCACAAAAUCUAUCGCGGGGAGCGGCAGCAAUUGCUAUCUGCAAUCUCUGAAUUAGAGCUUCCGGAACCCGAUGAUGUGCAGUUUCCGUCUGAGCCGUGUGAACCCGUGGAUGGGUUACCAGUUAUCGCUGGGUAUAAAUGUACGGCGACGGGUUGUGGGAGUCUGUAUGCGAGUGUUAAGCGGAUGAGGAGGCAUUGGAGUGAGUAUCAUGGGGUGACUGAUAUGCCGGAGAGUUAUACUUGUGCUGUGAAUAUGCAGACUUUCUUCAGGGGGACGAAGAUUAGGUAUUUCGAGGUGUUGAAGACGUCGUUGCUCGUUAGCAAUGGGAGGAAUUCACAGCAACAACAAAGCUUGGAUUCCGUGACUAUACCAAGACUUUAUGCCCAACCGGUUGAAUCCAGUUCGACUCCAGGAUUAGAUCUAGACUUGGAAAAACUGAGAUACUUUCACCAUUUCAUUACCACGACGAGUCUCACACUCCCCACCGGAAAUCCAAAUGCAACAAAAUUCUGGCAGACGGAUGUUAUAUCACAUGCCCUAAACCUGCGCUGGAUGAUGUUUGGAUUACUUUCUAUCACUGCGAGUCAUUUGGCAGUAAUUUCGGAAGACAGAGAUGUCAAACGUAUACAUCUGGAACGUUCAGUACAAUUUUGUCAAGCGUUCCUGGCUGGAUGGAAUGAGAUGAAGAAUGUCUGUCUCGGUGAGCCUGACGCCUCCAAUGUGAUAGCAAUCGGUGCUCGGAUGGCUUGCAUUCAACGAUUAUGUACCUGGAUGUCUGAUUCCUCUACCCUUGAAUUGAUUUCCAUACAGUCUUUUGUGACGACUCUUCGAGGAUGUGCUAACCAGGACUUCAUACUUGUCUCAACAAUUGGUGACGAUACUCUAAGGGAUAUAGCCAGACAGUCUAUAACUCAUCUCGCAAGUCCCAAUGCUUCAAUACGCACCGACAUCGCCAAAUGCGUCCUUCUAGAACACUUCUCCAACCUCCCCUACCACAUGGCCGGAAAACUAGGCAGACCCAACGGAUCUAUCGACUUUAUGGCCGUAAUGUCUGCCAUCGGCGCACUGAUUGAUUGCUGUCAUCAAGUCUACGAGGCAAAUGAUGUAGAAACCGCCUGGGUGGGAAUGGAGGAGUGGCUGAAGAAAGUCUCGGGUCGAUUUACCGAGCUUUUGGUGACUGAGAAAAGUCCGGCUGCGCUCAUUUUGUUUGCGCAGUGGCUACUUUUGGUCGCGACAGCGGAACGUUUCUGUUGGUUUUCGAGGGGGUUGGCGAUGAAGAUGUUGCGUCUGGUUGUGGGGGAGUUGGAGGAAGAUGGCACUUUUCAGGGCUUCCUCGCGGAGUUGAUGGGUUGGGCUUUGGUGGCUGUAUAA